AUGAAAUUGGGAUUGUUGACUUUGAAUGCCUUUGCCCUGUGGAUAGGUGAUCUGGAAAGCCAGCAUGCCAUGUCGGGCCCUACUCCUAUCGCAAACUCGACCGAUGUGAAGGACGGCGAUGAUGGCAGAACACCACCAAAUUAUCCCUUACGUCACCCGCGUCCGAUGACCGUCGCUGAUCUACAUUUGGAGAUGGAGAAAGAGCAAGAGGCAGUUGUCAACCGUCUUACCCGUGAAUUGAGUCUCUUGCGUCAGCAAACCGCGUCUGUUGCCUCGACUGCCUCCUCAGCAUCGACUAAUGUUAAUGAUCUCGCGGAUCACCAGCAAGGCCCCAUUCUUUACAACCCGAGAUCGCGAAAUCGAUCGUCCUCGACUCUCAGUUCACGUAGUUUUGCGGGUGCCACGUCUCUGCCGAUCGGGAGCGUGUCCGGCAUCACCCCGUCGCGAGAGGGCGGUGCUCCAUCACGCCAAUCCCUAGACUAUCAUCGCGGAAACGCCAGUCACGAACCGUCGAUUGCAUCCCGUGCUCCAUCGGGCCACGCAUCCCCAGCAUUGUCGUCAUCGUUCCAGCAGCAUGGCGAACAUUUUAUGCCGUCGAGCCAUCCUCACUCUCAUUCCUACAGGCUGUCGCAGACUUUCCUCCCUGCGCCGGGGAGUUCUGGCCAGACGCAAGCUCCGAGGGAGGGCUCUCGUCGCGGAUCUCUCUCAGCAACCCAUGCAGCAGCACGGUAUGAAGAGGUCUCCACUCAUCGGGCCGAGUUGGAAGCUACAAAAAGGGAAAAUGAGAUGCUUCGCCGUCGUGUCAGGGAACUCGAGGCUACAAUUCGAGAAUAUCGGCGAUCAGAAGCGGGAGGACGGACCAGAAUCUCAGAGGCGACCUCGACUCUUACGGCUGGCUUACGGGCGGCAUCGAUCUCCAAUGACCAAUGAGGUGAAGGUGACGGCUCUUCGACUCUGAUGGGGGUUCUAGUAUUCGGGUUUAGGAUGCUGUCGCUUUUCCUUUUACUCCAGCUGGAUAGAACUUGAGAUGGAGAAAUUGU